AUGGCGCCCCAUCCUGAGAUUGCGACCGCCGGGCAGGCACUCUCGCCCAUGGCCGUGAAUGUUUUGCAGCUGGCCAAGUCAAUGGUCAAGCGUGAACAACCCGCACCAUACAAGGAACUCGCCUCAGCAGGCGCACGUCCACCAAACGACCUCUCCGGACCCGGCUUCCAGGCUCUCUUUGCCCUCAUCGGUGUCGGACUGGCACUCGGCGCCAUCUGGUUCUUCUUCUGGGCCAAGAAUGGCGGCUUCAAGUGGCGCGAAAACGAUUGGGAGGACUACAAGUCGACUGUGCUGAGGCGCAAGGGACCAGACGGCAAGACACUAUCCAACGCAACCAAGAGCACCAGGCUCGGUGGCGGCAGUGUCGUUCAUGGUGGCAGCUACUUUGGCGAGCAGAGCGAAAUUGCUUACACUGACGAGACCGGUACAAGCGUCGACGCCAGCGAGUACCGCGACGCCGAGCGAGGCGAGGGCGGUCUUCGUGGUGGAGAUGGACGAAGGCAUAAGAAGCACCGCCGCGACCACACCAACGAUUACAAAGACCCCGAGCUCCGCAAGUACCGCGAGGAGAAGGCUGCCCGUGUCGGCGGCCUCAACCGCGUUGGCGACGGCAUGUACACUGACUAUUCUGGCUCUCAACCUUCUGAGGUCGGCGGCUCUCAGGUCUCGAGUAACGUACCACUGGUUAAGAAGGAACCCAAGGACCCUAAGAAGGAGGCCAAGGCUAAAGAAGCACGUGCAAAGGAACGUAUGCGCAAGGCCAAGGCCGCUGAAAAGGAAGCUGCGAAGAAGGCUGCUGCCGAAGAGAAGGCUCGCAAGGAAGAACAAAAGGCAGAGGCUAAGCGUGCAAAGGAAGAGCAGAAGAGGUCCAAGAAGACACCCUCCGAAGCUCCCGAAAUGGCUGAAGUCAACCGCCCCAUGAUUGAGUACCGAUCCCCUCAGAGUGACUACAACCCUGGACCUGCAUACACCGAGUACACCGCCCCAUCUGAAGCCGGCACACCCACACGCGCUCCCACAAGGAGCAAGGCACCAUCUGGCCCCCGUCGCGCUCCUCCCUCUGCUGCAUACUCUUUCACUACCGGCGAAGAUGACAAUGCAACCGUCUACACUGGCGUCUCCACUAGCGACUUUGCCAAACCUCCUCCACCCAAGGCCCCCAAGACUGAGCGCUCCGCACCUUCUGAAGUCACCGAAUCGAGCUACUACUCCGAUUACCGCCCCAACGCCGACAAGUCCCUCUACUCGGACCCCAACAAGCACUCCCCUCGCUCCCGCUCAGCCCGCCCAUCUCAAGAUCGCCCCCGCUCUGGUCGCCCAACCUCCGAGUCUCGUCCUCGCCCAUCAGGCUCCCGCUCGCGCCCAACCUCUGAGUCGCCCCGCAAGCAACACCGCACUUCUCGCCCAGCACCUCCCCCAUCCGACAUCUUCACCACUACCAACGGUGACUCCCAGGGCCACAUGAGCUACCCGUGCCACAUCCCUGGUCUUAGCCAGGCCGGCAGCGUACACCCCAUGGAGAGUGUCUCUCAAGUCGGUGUCCCGACAAACGCGAGGAGGGAGCGUGGUGGCAGAGACGUCAUGGACGGCUACCGUCGCGGCGGUGUCCGUGCCGUCGGACGCAGGGACAGCUUGAGCGACAGUGACUAG